AUGCGCAGUUUCGUGCUAUGUUUUAUGCUAAGCUAAUUAGCUUCCGUAAGUGUGACCGGUUUGUGUAGCUGCUGGGGUGUCUGCAUCAUGUUCAGAGCUGUCGUCCUAUUCUCAGCCUCUGGUGUCCGGGCGUUAGCUCGCACGCAACGUGUUUGUCAAGCUCCUUUGGCUUCAAGGUACUACUCACAUGGGAAGCAAGAGACUGAUGAGGAGUUUGAUGCCCGCUGGGUUACCUUUUUCAACAGACCAGACAUUGAUCCAUGGGAGCUGAGAAAAGGGAUGAACACAUUGGUCUGUUAUGACCUUGUUCCUGAACCAAAAAUUCUGGAGGCAGCUCUGAGAGCCUGCCGACGGUUGGAUGACUUGGCCAGCGCCAUCCGAAUUUUGGAAGCUGUCAAGGACAAAGCUGGACCACACAAAGAUAUCUACCCAUAUGUGAUCCAAGAGCUGCAACCAACAUUACAGGAGCUUGGAAUCUCAACACCUGAAGAGCUGGGCCUUGACAAAGCAUAAAGAAUCUCAGAAGUUGGAUGUCACAGAACACCACUCUUGUACCGAAACGUUUGUCUCAUUAAAGAUAUUUUAUUUGGCCUUUAUUGUGUUCGUUUGCUUGUAAAAUAUUGAUGAACUUAAUAAAGGAAAACUAUCGAGUAUCGCAAGCAUUUUCUGACACUGUUCAUGUUUAGGUUCACCUUGAUUCAGAGUUAUUUGAACAGACCAUUUUGUAGUAUGUGUUGAGCCUCAGGAUGUUGUCAUUUUGUCAUCGAGCAGCAUUUUCACAGGAAUAAACCACUUGUCUUUUAUUUUUUGCAUGAUCUGCACAUCUGUUUUCAGGGAAAAAUAAAAAUGCUUGUAAAA